CAUGCAAGCAGAUGGAUCAGAUGAGACGUGCGUCACGAAUCCAUUCCGCAGAGAUGCUGAAGGAGCCGCGACAAUAAAGCGACGUUUAGAAAAGAGAAAAAAGGAUAUCACCCGCCGUCCUCAUGGAUGAACAUUACGCAUAUAUAACGUUAAACCAUUUGACGUCUUCGACAUAAUUUUAAAGCGCAUUUUGUAAGAAUUAUAAACCACACCCGGCUCUGUGAGGAACGGGAUAGAGCAACGCAACACAUCGAGCUGCGCGAAUCUCAUUUCAACAGCGGCCCGCUGCAGUCAUUAAACCAGACCAGAGCACGACAGAGACCGGUCUGAUGGGUUUAUUAAGAAGUUAAAUCGUCGGUAUAGAAAGCAGCAUUUGUCGAAAGUAACUGCUGUAAUUAUCGGAGGGCACCACACGGCUCCAAUGACAGUCCCAGACCCCUGUCGCUGGCGUUAGGGGACAAGCUCGGAGAAGACCACAGACAGGAUGAGCGCAGGGCAGGAGCAGACAGACAUCCUGUCAGCAGGCAUUCUGGUGAAGGACCGAUGGAAAGUAGUGAAGAAGAUUGGCGGUGGUGGCUUUGGCGAGAUCUACGAGGCUCUGGACCCGAUGAACCGCAUCUGUGUGGCUCUGAAAGCAGAGUCCGCUCAGCAACCCAAACAGGUUCUGAAGAUGGAGGUGGCGGUGUUGAAGAAACUGCAAGGAAAGGAUCACGUCUGUCGGUUUGUUGGAUGUGGCCGCAACGAUCGCUUUAACUAUGUUGUCAUGGAGCUUCAGGGUCGUAAUUUAGCGGAUCUGAGGAGGAGCAUGAACCGUGGCACUUUCACAGUCAGCACUACACUCAGACUGGGUCUGCAGAUACUGGAGGCCAUUGAGAGCAUCCACUCAGUGGGCUUUUUACACCGUGACAUCAAACCGUCCAACUUUGCCAUGGGCCGAUUUCCUAGCACAUGUCGAACUUGCUACAUGUUAGAUUUUGGUUUGGCACGCCAAUUUACAAACUCCUGCCAAGAAGUCAGACCGCCCCGUCCUGUUGCAGGGUUUAGGGGUACAGUGCGAUACGCCUCAGUCAACGCCCACAAGAACAAGGAGAUGGGAAGACAUGAUGACCUGUGGUCUUUGUUCUACAUGCUGGUGGAGUUCUUGGUUGGCCAGCUGCCCUGGAGGAAAAUAAAAGACAAGGACCAAGUGGGGAAAUUAAAAGAGAAGUAUGAUCAUCGGCUCAUGUUGAAACACCUGCCACCAGAAUUCAAUGUCUUUCUGGACCACACCAGCAAUUUGGACUACUUUACCAAACCUGACUAUCAGCUAUUGAGGACCGUUUUUGAGAAUAGCAUGAGAACCUAUAACGUAGUGGAAAAUGACCCGUAUGAUUGGGAAAGGAUGAGCUCAGAUAGUCCACUGACAAUCUCUGCCACUGCAAACACGCCACAGCACCAUACACGCCUCACACCAGCUCAGAUGGGCGUGGUGAAUGCCUCACAGCUGCCUGGAGAUCUUCUGAAGGAGAACACAGAUGAAGUUCUGCAAGAUGAGCAUCUCAGUGAUGGGGACAAUGCUCGGCCCGAGCAUCUGCCUGGAUCUCCAAGCUUUCCUUUUAGGAACCAGGAGACUGAAGUCUGGGAGGGCCUGGACCGCAACCAGAACCAAAUCUGUCCCGCUGUCUGGAAGAUGGGAACAGAGGAUGAACAUAGCAACCAAGGCAAUCAAAGCCCCCAUGCAGGGCCUAGCAUUGGUUCUCCAGUGCGAGUCCGGUUAGACAUGGUGCCAUCAGAUAGAGACACUCCUCUUUUGAGGAAACUGCGCAACAUCCAUAGCUUUGAACUGGAGAAGAGACUAACUUUGGAACCCAAACCCAACACUGAGCAUUUUGUAGAAGCCUGUUCUGGCAAGCAGCCACCUGGUACAGCACAGGGGCGGGAAGCUGACGGUAUCCCUGGCAUGGCUAUGAUGAACGGAAGUCACACAGAGCGUGUUUGGCUCUGUGAUGAGGGAUUGCGCUCUGGCGGUGUCUCGCCCAAGGUUGCUUCACCGGGAUCUCCUGAGCAGGGCAAUGAUGCAGCUAACAGUGGCUUUGUUGCUCUAAACCUGAGCUCAGGUCUACAAGAUGUUGAGUUGCGUGAUUGGGUGAUGGUAGAGAAGGGCUCUGACCUGCAGGACUUCAAAGAGGCGGCAGGACGUAGCCCUGGUACUGAGGCUAAACUCACGAGUAGCCCAUCAGAUGAGUGCGAUGAGGAGCCAGAAGUUUUGCAGCCAAUGGAUGAAUCUCCGGAUAAAGAAUCCACUCUUAGUCCCGUACAAGGAGACACCCACAUACCUCACACGGUCCAGGGCCCACAAAGGAUGGAUCGGAUGGAGCUCAGUGUAUUCCCUGCUGCUGGUGGACUUCCUGUUACCCCCACCAGCCCUGGUGAGGCACUGGCUGAAGGAGCUCUCACACAGCUGCCCACCUCUCCUGCAUCCCAACCUGAGGAGCUUGUGGCAAGGACGUGCAGCCCCCUGCACCUGCGCUCCCCUAGCCCACACACCCUCCUGACCACCCUGUCGGACCCCUUACACCAGCGCGCCCCGCCUGGGAUACAGCGCAGCCAAUCUGCAGACCACCAACACCCUUCCUCUUCCACCUCCUCGUGCCAUGCCUGGCUGCCACUACCUUCCCAGCCCCGUGCUGCCCAUUCACCUGGACGCAGGAAACUUCCUGCUAUUCCAGCGACUGCUGCAAACUCCAAGUUCCCCUCAGUCAUACGAAUCACCCGCGCUCAGCUUCAGCAGCUGACAGCUCAGCGCCCUUCUGUGCUGUCCUCCCAAUCUGCAUCUGAAAGCGUUCCACUGGAGAGACGUGAAAAUGGUAACAAUGGGAUGCAUCCACAAGACAACACAGCUGACAUCAACUCCCCACAGGAGCAUGUUGCCUUCCAGUCCACCUGCCCAUCUAAUGUUGAAGGGCAUCCUUUGCUAAAUGGGAAUGGACCUCAGAAACCUUCAAGCCCAGUGCCAAGCCUGGUGCCGUCUCCACGCACACCUCCCUCUCCGCGUAGCCCAGUUCUGAUGAACGGCUGUCUUACACCUCCUUUAGAUACACAGAGAGAUGGCAACAAGCAACCUCCUAAACUAAAAGACCCUAAGAGUGAUCCUCCCAUCCUUGAGCACUCCAUCGAGCCCAACCAGUACACUCUGGAGGAGGGAAAGGAAGAUGCUCCUUCCAGAAACGGCCUAUCUUCUCCAGCCUCUGCUCCCAAACAAGACCCUAAUCGUCGUCACAGUCGUAUCCCAGUGUUAGAACCAUCUAGCCUUCUGGAUCCACCACCUGGAUCUGCUAAAGAGAAGUUGCUGCAGAGGAAGGUUCACCACAUUCCACUUUCACCCUCUGCUUCCCCGUCGUUAUCCUCUGACAGGCGUGUCAUUGUGGCUGCUAUGCAGCGGGACCAGAUUUCUUCUGCCUCUUCUGAACACUCUCAAGAUGAAGAGUCGCUUUUGGGUUCUCGUUCAGAUCGUCAUGGAGAUGAUGCUGCCUCACUGUCCUCAUCCUCCAGCCCACUUUUACGGAAGAGCAAGAUACCACGCCCAGUUACCCCCACAAUGAACACGGAAACCAUUACUGCACACUUAGUGCCCCGUCCACCACCAGGAAACCCUCCUAGCCGCUCCACUGUGGAUGGAAGGCUCCGGCGGUACAGGAUUUUUGCCGGCAGCAACAGUGGCUCAGAUCUGCUGACAUGUUUGGCCCAGCUAAUGCACAUCAGCUCGCCCCGUGGCUCUCCGCACCCCAGCUGCUCCUCCCCUCAGCACUUGGGCAUGAGACAUGUGUUCGUCGGCCCCACUGCUGCUCAGCACCUCCACCAGCGCAGCUCUAGUGCAUCCCCCCGCAGCUCCUCCUCACUACAGCGCUCCAUCAGUUCUUCCCCGUCCUGCCAUGAGCACCGUGGUGGCUGUCUGGGCCGCAGCCAUUCUCCUCCCAGUUUCUCAGGCUCACCUCCAAUGCGCCGCUCUCAUCCUCACACACAGGAAGGAUGCUGUGGGAGACAGGCCCGCUCUGUCACUGUACACACCCAACGGGGCACAGCUGGCAUCCGUGAAGUCAGGUGCUCGAGCAAGCUGGGCAGAUAGUCAACCACAGAUUUCAGACACUGACAGAAGAAGUGUAUGAGUGAAUUGGGACCUUUGGGUUUCAAAGAUCCCAAUUUCUACAAUAGCUAAAAAAUAAUUGAUUCUUAUUCCCUCGCAUCUGCAGCUUUUGUGACUCCUUUGAAUAGCCUUCCAUCAGUUUUCAGAUGCUGGCUUUGAGGAACACCUGUCACUUUCAGAACAUGGGAGGCUAUACAUGAUGGUGAUUGGCUGGAUCUUUAGUAGUUCAUAGUUUGAUUUCUUUCAAACAUUCAUGAACUACAUGAAGUUUGCAUCAAGAUCGGCUGUACUACAGUAUUUAUUAUGUUAUUUAUUUGGGCUUUGAUGCAUUGCAGCCCUCUCUGAGCAGUGGCAGGUACACUGAUAGAUCAUGCCAUCAUUAACCCUUUCUGUGCUCGUGCUUUGGCUACGUUCAGCACUAAGACAUGGCCUGAAACACUAAGCAAAUCUGUGAACUGAAAUGCUGUGCUUGCAUGUUGUUGCAUUUGAAAUUCAUUUACCCACCCUCAAGUUGCUCCGAAACUUUCUGUGGAACAUACAAGAAAAUGUCAGGAAAUGUUUUUUUUUAUCCACACAGUAGAAAUCAGUGGUAACCAAAACUGCAAAGAAAAAAAAUUAAACGGUAACACUUUAGAAUACAUUUCCAUUAGUUGAUGUUAGUUACCUACUUUAGUUAAUGAACUAAGCAAGAACAAACCUUCUCCAGCAUUUAUUAAUUUUAGUUAAUGUAAAUUUCAACAUUUACUAAUUUACUUAUUCAAAUCAAAAGUUGUGCUUGUUAACAUUAGUUAAUGGGCUGUGAAUUAGCAUGAACUAACAACAAAUAACUCACUAUUCACUAAUUCACUAACAUUAACAAAGAUGAAUAAAUACAGUAAUAAAUGUAUUGUUCAUUGAUUGUUCAUGUUAAUUAAUGCAUGAACUAACAUUAACUAAUGGAACCUUAUUCUAAAGUGUAUUCUAACAGUUUUGAAACUACGUAAAGGAGGACAGAAUUGUCAUUUUUGGGUGAACUAUGCUAUGUUCAAUGGGACCAUGCGCUUGUACUUGAGUAGACGGUUUCUGACAUCACUGAGUUUGCAAGAAAUGGUGAUCACUGAAACGAUCAAAAAAAAAAAAAGGAAAUGUUUUUGCACUUUGAUGUGCCUAAAGAAGUUUUGCUUUGGAAUAUACAGUAUAUAGGGCAGGCCUCAAGUUUACAGAAUCUUGAGUCAUUAACUAUUUGUUAAUUUUGUUUUCCUGUAGAGCCUCUGGUAUCCCACAGCAAUGUACCAUUUCCAGCAGAACAAAGUGUCAUAUAAGUCACACCUAUUUUUUUUACUGGUUAUUUGUAGGCCCUCAUAUUAUCUAUGCCUGUUAUACUUAACAGAAAAGUUAAAAUCUCUCAACUUAAUGUUAAAACGAGAGUUUUUAAAGUGCCAAUACUUUUACUGUUUCAUAUGUUAUGUGAAGAGAUCUGAUACUGAUACAGCGGCCAAUAUUCACGGAUUAAAUGUGUAGUUUUAUUAU